AUGCCUCGCAUCCUGUCCAUGGAAGUAGAUCCAGAGAAUGAGACCGAGAGCGAAUACCGCAUCGAGUCUGAAGGCAACGUCAAAUACAUCAUCGUCGAGCCGGGCGCUCUACAUACAGACCACCUCUCAUUGCCUCUGAACCAUAUACCGGUACUACCGUACAACGAUACCUCUUGGACAGUCGCCAAUAUCUCUCGUGACAGUCAAUCUCGCGAGCUCAAGGCCCAGCUGUCUGGCAGGAAGCUAGCAGGCGUCGAGAAUGUCUGGCACAACAAUUCCUUCGAUGUCUUGACCCUCCAAAGGACGAAACAACUUUCCACUGCGACUUUUGAAACACUCCUUCCAGGCCCGUUGCGUACACUAGACACCACCGCAUCAUCCUCCCUUCGUGUACAAGUAGAAGCCAUCGCCAAAAUCGCCCACUUCGAAUGGGAAAUCCCACGCAUCGAGCGCGAAACCAGAAUCUACCAGAUCCUAAACCAAAGGAAAGCGGAGGACCUGGCGCCACGCUUCCUAGGGCACAUCCACGAGAAUGGUCGGACCAUGGGCUUCCUGCUGGAGAAGAUGCAGGGACGGACUUGUGCGUCAAUCGAAGAUCUGCGGGACUGCGAGGCCAUUUUGAGGAAGUUUCAUGAACUUGGCCUGAUCCAUGGGGAUGUUAAUCGCUUCAACUUUCUUGUGGGCGGGAAAGACUCUGGGGUUAGAUUAAUCGAUUUUGAGGAGUCCAAGGAGGUGGUGUAUGAUGAUGAUCGUGAACAACGCCAGUUGGCAGAACUGCACAGUCUCCGUGCUGAGUUGAUGGAAGAUUCCGGUCGUGGCGGAGGGUUUAGGCCAGCUUAG